AUGGCCACAAGUGCCAGCUGCAUUGCGAACGAGAGUGUUCUUACCACGACUUUCGCCAAGUCGUCUGCGACACUGGGAAUUGCUUCACUGCAUUCUGAACAGCGAACAACGCUGAAGUACCUUCUGAAUGAACGAGAUGCAUUCGCUACAUUUCCGACUGGUUUUGAAACGCCUGCUAUAUUCCAAGUCCUCCCUAGCGUGAUGCAUGAGCUGCGUACAGCUGGAGUAAAUCUUUCUGCUAAACAUCCAAUUGUUCUUGUUCUUUCUCCGCCUAGAUCUCUCAUGGGAGAUCAGGUAACCGGCCUCCCAUCUAAGGGGUUAUCAGCUGCUAUUAUAGGAGCAAGCUGUGAAUGCGAUUCUCGUAUCAAGCAGGGAUGCUAUUUUUUCGUGUACGGUAGUCCUGAGGCUAUUGUCGGUUCGGAUGAAUGA